AUGCUUUCUACAGCCAAGCAAUCUUUCAAAACUUUACAGAUAAGAACUAUGUCUACGAAUAUUAAACACUACGAUUACUUAGUCAUUGGGGGUGGUUCAGGAGGUGUUGCAUCCGCAAGAAGAGCUGCAUCCUACGGUGCAAAGACUUUGUUAAUCGAAUCUAAAGCCCUUGGUGGUACUUGUGUCAAUGUCGGUUGUGUUCCUAAAAAGGUUAUGUGGUACGCUUCUGACCUGGCGAAUAGAGUUUCUCACGCAAAGGAAUAUGGGUUGUACCAGAACAUUCCAUUAGAUAAAGAGCAUUUGACUUUCAAUUGGCCAGAGUUUAAGCAAAAGAGAGAUGCGUAUGUCCACAGGUUGAAUGGUAUAUACGCAAAAAAUCUAGACAAAGAAAAGGUUGAUGUUGUAUUUGGUUGGGCCAGAUUCGACAAAGAUGGUAAAGUCGAGGUGCAGAAAAGGGACAACACUACUGAAGUUUAUUCCGCUGAUCAUAUCUUAGUCGCCACAGGUGGUAAGGCUGUUUUCCCAGAAAACAUCCCGGGUUUUGAAUUAGGUACCGAUUCUGAUGGGUUCUUCAGAUUGGAACAACAACCUAAGAAAGUUGUUGUCGUCGGUGCCGGUUAUAUUGGUAUUGAACUAGCAGGUGUGUUCCAUGGGUUAGGAUCCGAAACACAUUUGGUUAUUAGAGGUGAAACUGUCUUGAGAAAAUUUGACGAAUCUAUUCAGAACACAAUUACUGACCAUUAUGUGAAUGAAGGUAUCAAUGUUCACAAAUUAUCCCAAGUUGUCAAGGUGGAAAAGAAUGAAGAAACCAACAAACUGAAGAUUUAUUUGAACGACUCAAAGUUCAUCGAAAACGUUGAUGAAUUGAUUUGGACUAUUGGACGUAAAUCCCAUCUGGGUAUGGGAUCCGACAAUGUAGGUAUCAAGCUGAAUUCUCAUGACCAAAUCAUUGCUGAUGAAUACCAAAACACCAACAUUCCUAACAUUUAUUCUUUAGGUGAUGUUGUCGGCAAGGUUGAAUUGACGCCAGUUGCUAUCGCAGCAGGCAGAACGCUAUCUAAUAGAUUGUUCGGGCCAAAAAAAUUUCAUAAUGCUAAAUUAGAUUACGAAAACGUCCCUAGCGUAAUCUUCUCCCAUCCGGAAGCAGGUUCCAUUGGUAUUUCUGAAAAUGAGGCCAUUGAAAAGUACGGUAAGGAAAACAUAAAAGUUUACAAUUCCAAAUUCACUGCUAUGUACUAUGCCAUGUUAGAAGAAAAAUCACCAACAAGAUAUAAGAUUGUCUGUGCUGGACCAGAUGAAAAGGUGGUCGGUUUGCAUAUUGUUGGUGAUUCCUCCGCAGAAAUUUUGCAAGGAUUUGGUGUUGCCAUAAAGAUGGGUGCUACUAAAGCUGACUUCGACAAUUGCAUUGCCAUUCAUCCAACCAGCGCUGAAGAAUUGGUUACUAUGAGAUAA